AUGUCUUCCCACGACGAAAACGAUAUCGAUAUAAAUGUGGUUUCAAGUCCCGAACCGAGUCCGUGCCCAUCGCCAACGAACCCAAGUAAUCGCCCAACAUCCGACGACGAAGCUGCCCAUUAUCCGCAUCAUUUGCAUCACUUGACGGCGCGACAUCAUGCUCGUAUCGUGACAUCUCUGAAUGGCGACGGGCGCCUCAGUCCGUCAAAAACGCCUCCCGACACACCAAAUUCCGGAUCAAAUAGUGUACUAAAUAGUCCUAGCAAUAAUUCAAUAAGUAAUAAUAAUAACAACAACAACACGACAAAAAAUAGUGGAUUUACGAGUUUUUCCAUAUCGAAUAUUCUAAGUCGAAGUGAUAGUGCAGUAAAUAACAAAGCGGAGAAAAAGCCGCCGAAUGGCAUGACGAACAUUAAUGUGACGACAACGCUCGGGCCUUUGGGGCAUUCAACCGCCGGCAUUCACGGACCUCAUGAUGCUGCGAUGCUUUCGAGAUUGGGCUUCAUCUCGCAAUGGGGUGCCCUCGCUGGACGUUACGCUGCUCUUUGUCCUCCUGGAUGGCCAUGGACCACAACGCAAGCAUCGCAAAUAUCAGCUGCCAAUGCAACGGCACAUCGAAUGCCUUUCCAUAGUCCAUCGAACGAUACAAGUUCAACGAAUAACACGGAAAACAAUCUCUCGCCAUCGCUGAGUCCUCCGUCGUCACAUCCCUCAAAAACGCCUCCGCCGCAUCAUCCAGCGUUCUCGCAGCGAGGCGAUUGCGGCGAUUCCGACGACGAAAUGGGCGAAAUUAUCGAAGAUGAUGGCGGAUCAGAUCACGGCGACGGAAGUACAUCGCCCGGCGCCAACGGAUCCAUGCAAAAGCGCAAGAAAAAGACACGAACAGUUUUUUCGCGAGCGCAAGUCUUUCAACUGGAAUCGACUUUUGACUUGAAAAGGUACCUGAGCUCUUCGGAACGCGCUGGCUUAGCAGCUUCGUUGCGUCUUACGGAGACACAAGUAAAAAUAUGGUUUCAAAAUCGCCGGAACAAAUGGAAAAGACAGUUGGCUGCCGAAUUGGAAGCUGCAAAUAUGGCAAAUAUGGCUCACGCAGCGCAACGUCUUGUCAGAGUGCCCGUGCUGUAUCACGAAGGAGCUCCGGGAGGAUUUGUAGCUCCGCCGCCGCAUCCGCAUCAUCAAUCCCUCUAUUAUGCUCGCAAUGGAAACAGUCCGCCGCGUGCUCCUCUGUCGUCGCUCGUGUAA